CGGUCCGCGGUGGAGGCGGCGCAAAUAGCCAGGGGGCGUCGGAUGGCUCUGCGGGGCCUGGCCGGCUCUGGGCCCAGCUCCCGCGGGCCGUUGGACGAGGCGGUGGCGGCGGCCGAGGAGAACCAAGUGCCGGCCAUGGUUGUGGCUGGAGCCACUUCAGAGGACGAUGAGGAGGACGAGGGCCGCGACCGGGGCCUGCUGCGCUGGGACGGUUUCUCGGCCUGGCUGCACUGCGUGUGUGUGGUGGGCUUCGACCUGGAACUUGGCCAGGCCGUGGAGGUAAUUUAUCCUCAACAUUCCAAGCUUACUGAUAAAGAAAAAACCAAUAUUUGCUAUUUGUCUUUUCCAGAUUCAAAUUCAGGUUGUCUUGGAGAUACCCAGUUUUGUUUUAGAUUUCGACAGUCUUCUGGGAGGAGGGUGUCACUGCAUUGUCUCCUGGAUCAAUUUGACAAAGAUUUGCCAGUUUACUUAAAGAAGGAUCCUGCUUAUUUUUAUGGAUAUGUAUAUUUCCGACAAGUUCGAGAUAAAACUCUAAAAAGAGGCUACUUUCAGAAGUCCUUGGUUUUGAUCAGCAAACUACCUUAUAUUCAUUUUUUUCACACUGUGCUCAAACAGAUAGCACCAGAAUAUUUUGAAAAGAGUGAACCUUAUUUGGAAGCGGCUUGUAAUGAUGUUGAUCGAUGGCCUGCCCCAGUGCCAGGGAAAACAUUACACUUGCCUAUUAUGGGGGUGGUAAUGAAGGUACGGAUUCCCACGUGUCAUGACAAGCCUGGGACCACUCAAAUAGUGCAGUUAACUCAGCAGGGAGACACACACAUAUCUGUUAUUUUACCUACUGUUCAUGAGGUGGAUCUUUUUCGGUGUUUCUGCCCAGUUUUCCUUCACAGUCAGAUGCUUUGGGAGCUGGUGCUCUUAGGUGAGCCCCUCGUGGUCAUGGCGCCAUCACCAUCAGAGUCAUCAGAGACUGUAUUGGCACUUAUCAACUGUAUUUCCCCAUUAAAGUACUUCAGUGAUUUCCGACCUUAUUUCACUAUUCAUGACAGUGAAUUCAAAGAAUAUACUACUCGUACUCAAGCCCCGCCCUCAGUCAUUUUAGGAGUAACCAAUCCCUUUUUUGCUAAAACACUCCAGCAUUGGCCACACAUUAUUCGAAUAGGAGACCUUAAACCUGCAGGUGAAAUUCCUAAACAAGUUAAAGUGAAAAAAUUGAAGAACCUGAAGACUCUGGAUUCUAAACCUGGAGUUUAUACUUCUUAUAAGCCAUAUCUAAAUAGAGAUGAAGAAAUCAUAAAACAGUUACAGAAGGGUGUACAACAGAAACGUCCUUCUGAGGCUCAAAGUGUUAUUCUCCGACGCUAUUUUUUGGAACUGACACAAAGCUUCAUCAUUCCCUUAGAAAGAUAUGUGGCAAGCUUGAUGCCUUUGCAGAAAAGUAUUUCUCCAUGGAAGAGUCCACCCCAAUUAAGACAGUUUCUUCCAGAAGAAUUCAUGAAAACACUUGAAAAGACAGGACCACAGCUGACCUCUAGGAUAAAAGGCGACUGGAUUGGACUUUAUCGGCAUUUUCUAAAAUCACCUAAUUUCGAUGGUUGGUUUAAGACCCGGCGGAAGGAAAUGACGCAGAAAUUGGAGGCUCUCCAUCUAGAAGCUCUUUGUGAAGAGGACUUACUUCUCUGGACACAGAAACACACAGAAGUAGAAACAGUAGACCUUGUAUUGAAGUUAAAAAAUAAGCUGUUACAGGCUGAUCGAGAGCAUUUACCUGUGAAACCAGAUACUGUGGAAAAGUUGCGGACGCACAUAGAUGCAAUUAUCUUAGCAUUACCAGAGGACCUACAAGGCAUACUGCUCAAAACAGGCAUGACAUGACAUUGCCAGGAUUUUCCAGUCAAAAAGGAUUGUGCAUCAUGAAGCAUACUGACAUUUCAACCAGGCGCACAAAGGAGAUCUCUUGGAGUAGAGAACAGCUGUGAAAGCUAGAUACAGGGUGGAAAGACUGACUCUGCUGUAUAUACAGACCUUUUUAGUGCAUUAUUUUUAAAAAUGUGUGUAUGUGGUGGUCCCACUUUAAUACUGAAACAUCAAAAGGCAUUUGUAUAUUUUUAAUCAUGUUCUAAAGUGCUCUUAUGAGAGACCUGUGGGCCAUCAGUGUAAGUGAUUCCAAACUGCAGUGCUGGCAUUGCAGAUAUUUUUUUAAAUUGGUGCUGCUUUGCCCAAUCAUGUUAAAACUCAGGGGGAUAUAAAAAUAACAUUCUCACUGACUAUCUUCUUAAGAAGGAAAAGACUGAACUGUCAGACUGAAGUUAAAAGUAAUUAAUGCUUUUGUAGUGCCUUCCGUUGUCCUUAGUAUUUCACAAAAUCUAGCUGCUAGUCUUGAAGCUUUUCCUUGAUUAUGAUAAGUAAAUUUAUAAGGCACUCUUUUGAGUAUCAUUGCUUAAAAAUACGUUCUUGUCCCUUACCAGUUUAUUAGUAGGAGUAUCAAGCUCUUCCUCCCCCAACCCCCCAUUAUCAUUCCUGGCUCAUUUAGUUAUUUUCUAUGUCAUUUUCAAAUUUAAUCUUACCAAUUUCUCCAAGGGCAAGAAGGCAUCAAGUAUUAAUUGUGAUGGAAUUUAUUUCUUCUUACCCUUUUCUUAACUAGGUAAGAUAUUUAGGUGGAACAUUUUGCAAAAAAUUCUAAUUAUAUCUCAUAGUCAACUGUUUUGAAACCACACUCUUCAAGGCAUUCAUAAGUGUUUUUAUGUGAUAGCCAUUUGAGUGAUUAUAGAUUGAUUUCCAACAUUAUUUGUUUGGUAGGUUUUUCUCCCUCAAAAUUAAUUUUUCUCAGAACACUUUCCCUAUUGUUUAGCAUGGGAACUUUUGCCAGCUUUUUUUGUUGUUUUUUUCCUUUUUAAAACUAAACUGUUUCACCAAAAAUAGAAGACUGUGGUUUGGUAAAGUUCUUUGGAUUGUGUCUGAAUAGGAGUAUCCUGCAGAAUCCACUAUUUAAAAUAGGCACACAUGACAUAGCGUACAUGUAAAUAGCUGUGUCUUGAAUUAUGCUCAAGUAAGUAAUGAAAUUUAGCUAUAUGUAUUUGUAAGAGAUGGCUUCAGAAGCUAUCCUUUGUUUUCUGUUAAUAUAACUCUUUAGAGCACUCCUGACCCCAAAAAGGUUCCUAGUGUUUGUAACUGUGGUCUUAUACCCAAAUGUGCCCUUUCCUCAUGGAUAUAGUCUCUUGAAGCAUACCUCAAAGUCACAGACUAUGGCAUUUGAAAGAAAUCAUUUGCCCUGCUUGGAUCAUAUGAGUUAUUUUGUGAAACAACAGUUGUCCUUAUGGAAAAGGGGAAACUACUUUUAUAUACUAAAGUAUUUCUUAUCUUUCUGGAAAACCUUAUUUAGGUAUAAAUGGUCAUCUUAUUAUUUUUCAAAAAGGUGUAUUUUAAUAAUCCUACAAUUUAUAUGCAGUUUCUGACAUGAAUUUGAAAGUUGUUAGUGUCAUUAUCAAGGAUGUUUUAAAUUAUGCCACUACAGGAUGUAUCAUUUUAAUUUUACUUUGCACAGCUAAAAAGUAGCAAAGCAUACACUUUAGCUUAAUAAUACUUCCUUCAUAUUUACUGUUUUUAACUGAAACCUAACACAUGUUGAAACCUUAUCAUAUUUAACCAGUUCAUUAAUUUCAAAUCAUGUACUUACAAAAGUAACUUAAAAUUGCAUUGGGAACCUGAGAAAUACUGACUGACAACUUUUUGUGUGUGUGUGAUUUUCAGAGUUGUCCCCUUUUUUAGGAGACGCUGUUAAGAUCUAAAACCUGCCAUUUAAUGUUUAUCUCCACCAGCAUUAGAAGGAAUCACUGCUUUCAGGGUGUUAUGUAAUAAUGCCUGGUGCCUUCUCUCAUGAAUGAAAAAGAGGUUUUGUGAAGGCAUUUGUGGUCAUUAAAAAAAAAACUGAAUUAAAGGUCUUGUAGUUUAAAUUCUUGGAUAUCUUGUGUUAUUUCUGAGUAAGGUUGGAAUACUUGAGAAAAAAAAAGAAUAGUAAAUGAAGCUUCUACAUUCUGGGAUUUCCUUUACUUCCUGCCUUUUAAAAGAAAUUCAAAUGAAGACAUUUUUCUGUGCAUUUCACUAUGAACAGGAAAAUAAUUCAGUUCAGUGAUUUUACAUGCUUUCUGUGUAUUGAAUUUAUGAAAUGUUCUGAUAAGAAUGUUCUUAAAACCUUGGGUAGUAGAACCCAAGGUUAAUAAUCAAAGUAUUAUUAAAUUGUCAUUAAUUUGCUGCCUUUUUUAUACCUUAAAUUUGAAAGUGUUAUUUCUCCUUUUAAAAGUAGCAAAUAUAUAAUACUAUUGUUUGGAUUUUUAGCUUAUUUGCUAAUAAAACAUAUUGGAUAUUACUUUAUCAAGUUACUGGGUAAUGACAUAUUGGUUAUUACUUUAUGAAGUUACUGGGUAAUAUCCUUUACACUAUGCUAUAAAAUAUUUUAGUACACUUAAGAGGUACCCAUUAAAAUUAAAACUUUUGUUUUCAUGCUCAUAAUAUCAUUCAUUUUUAUAUGCCCAAACUUUCUUCUUUUAACAUAACCUGGUGGGAAAAGUACUUUCUAAUAUUAGUCUGCUAUAAACAGAUAGUUGAAGGUAAAAAAGCUUCUCUACUGUGGAUAAAUGUCACUUAAAUAGUAAAAUAUAUUGACUCACGAGUAAAUUAUCCUGAGUAAUUUGAUGUCUCAUAUAGCCAGUGUUUAUACGCCAUGUGCAACUUGGUUGAAUAUGAAUUU